CUCGCGUUCUAGUGCCCUUGAAAUGGGGUGACCGUACUCGAUAUAUGCAUAACUCGCCCGACCGCCAGCCCAGAGCCAUCCUCAUCAUCGUCCUCUGUUCGCGUUGACUUCUAUACUCACUGGCCGUUUUACUCAUCGACUCAGAAGACCUUUGCAGCAUGUACGAUCACCUAGACAUGGAUCGUUACAGCUAUCCGCAGUAUCCCGCCGCCGCGGUCCAGAAACACUACCCCACCGCACACGCGACAAGUAGUGCCUUCAGUGCCAGUGCGAAUCCCAACGAAGAUUGGACCAAAAUCUCAGACCUUGCCGAACGACGAAGGAUACAGAACCGCAUCGCACAAAGGAACUACCGCAAGAAGCUGAAGAAGCGGCUGGAAGAUCUGGAGCGUCGAGCAGGUUCGAGCUCUGCAUCUCCAGAGCAAAGACACGAGGAGCUGCCCACCACCAUCAGCGACGAUUCUACAGCGCAACGCUCGAAUGCACAACGGACACGGUCGUUGCAUGGUCAAAGUCAACGCAACCGAACACCUGAGGUCCUCGCCCAACAGUACGUGCUGCCAUCGGAAGACAGAAGCAUGUUCUCUCAGCAAUUCACCCGACAAUUAUCGACAUCGCCUCCACCUUUCACCGUAAAUGCUCCCAUACCGCCAGUGGACACCGUUGGCUAUUCGACAUAUUCGAGUUACUGCGCGCCCGGCUUGGACAUGGCGAUGUACCAGUCUUACGGUGCCCCCACGCAGACGUAUGCCAUCCAGAACCUGAUGCAGCCUCCCAUCAAGCAAGAGGUCUACGCCGACGACGAGGUCAAUCCUUUCAGCAUGAGUUACGCAUCCAUGGCCAAUGAGAUAACGUCUUACCAAACUCAGCAUCAUUAUGUGAGUAAACAGCAGUCAUUUGCGCGGAAUCCAAGCAAAGGCUGAUAGCGCCAGACGCCAUCAUUAUCGGACUCUUCAGAAGAGUGGCAGGCGGGCUCUCCUCCGGCUCUCUCACCACCAGGUCUGGGAUACUGAUUGGAUGAUGCCAAUGACUGGGAAAUGAGGGCUGGAUUUGCCGCGAAAAGGAGCACAUGAAUGUGCUUAGUAUUUCUUCUUUGUCUGUUUGAGCGAUGGCGUUGGACCGGAUGGGUACAUUGACUCGUUGCACGAUUUCCAAGCACGAGGAUUAUAGAGCAGAGGGAGGAUGCGUGGCCUCAUAGACAUGGGAAAAUCCAACCAUGCACCACGCAGGUCAUGGAGGCGCUCGGAGAGCAUCUGAGUCGUCUUAGCAAAACAAGUUCGAUCGCAGAGAGCUUUGCAUUAAUAUGCAAUCGCAUCUGGCAUUACUAGUGGAACAAUUCAAGCACUCCGCGCUAGGUGAUCUAGCACAUUCGCAAACACCUACACAUUAUCGACUAUUGAACGAUUUCAAUGCAGCGGUAGGCAGUGGCUUUGGUGAAUAUGUACCACCAGACCCGGAA